ACAUUAGAAGAAGCAAAAGCAACAUGCGAGGAGCUGCUGCAGCUGCUGAGUUCUGAGUCAGAGGGCCGUCGUGCUUUUUGCUUUGGUUCAGAGUGCGAGUUGCUGCGCAGUCAAAGAGUGUUGUUAAAUUUAGCUGCGCAUACACUUGAAUUUUUAGAGUUUGUCUUUUGGCAGUGCCGCGCCAGCUACUGUGCUGUUCUUGCUGCUGUACUACGGAGGCCUGAGUUUGAUUUGCAAACAGUUCUCCCUUCAAAGCCAGACCCAUGUGCUACGUUGACUUCCGCUGAGGUGUACGUACUCUAUGUAUUCAUCAAGGAAGAGCAUGCAGAGGCAGCAGCAGCUACUGCUGAUGCUGCUGCUGCUAACCCUCCUGCUGCUGCUGAUGCUGCUGCUGAUGAAAAUGCAGAAACAAAGCCAACAGCUGCAAAUGCAGCGGCCAGCAGUACUGCAGAUAACCCAUCUGCUGCAGCAGCUCCUGGAGCUGCUGCAGCAAGCGAACGCAAAGCAAAACUCGGCUCGCAGCGCUCUAUUGAAGUCGAUCUCAACAACACCGCGACAAAUGCCGGCAGCCCUAACAGCAGCAGCAGCAGAAGCAGCAGCAGCAGCGGCAGCAGCAGCGCCGGCAGCAGCAGUGGCAAUGCGGACUAUGGAUGCGCUUCUAGGAAGGGAAGCGCCAGUCAGCAGCAGCAGGCUCCACCUUCGUGCCUUCUCCAGCAGGAACAGGAGCAGCAGCAGCAACUGCAGCAGCAACAGCAGCAGCAGGCCAGCGGGGGUCGUUUGUGUUUGAGCGUUAAUUUGCUACCUCGACUGGGUGUUGGUGAACACGGGGAAGGAGCACGAGGGUAUCUGGGGGCUGCAAUAAAGAGGUUAAGGAAUGCGAGCGUUGGGGAAGGGGCGCCGUCUGGAGACGGCGAAUCAGCAGCAGCAGCGUUAGUGCGGGAGCUGCAGCAGCGGCAGGGGGUGUUGGAGGGUCUGCAGCACAAGAGCGAGCAAGAGCCUUGGAAGCAGAAGCUGCGUGCUUCUGUCUCACCGGAAAGAACGGAGGAGCUGAAGCAGCUCGCUCGAUCUCUUACUCCCGAGACAAAGUUUGCUGCUGUGCUGUAUCACAAGCGGCUUAAGCUCUGCAGACAGUUUCGUUCGCUGCUGCAGCGAGUGCUGGCAGCAUCGCUGCGUAUGUUGGGGGGCGAGGCCUCCUUCGGGGGCCAGCGGCGUGUGGCUUGUCUGCUGCUAGCUAGCUGCUACUUCCGUUUGCCUGAGUUUAGAGCUGAGCUGCUGAGGUGCGUGUUGCCGCCUGAAGGGCGUUCAGCAGCCGUAGAGGAAUGGAGGGGUACGGAGUAUAACUUAGAUCUGCAUGCUCUUGCUGCUGCUGAGAAGUGGUUAGCUGGCAGCCCCCUCCGUCUGCUGCUCCAGUGGGAAGCCUUUCAUAGUGUAUUACGAGAUUACUUUGGGCGAGAGGCUUUGCAAGAUGAUGAUGCAGCGCUGCAGAACAAACUGCUGCCGGAGCCCGACUGGCGCGAGGAGUUGAGUCCUUCAGGCAGUUCUUUUUUUACAUUCUUGGAGCAGUUUGUUCGUUCUCUGCUGCUAACUGCAGCCCCGAGAGGCCCCCUUGAAUGGAAAGACAUACCCGGGUAUCGAACGCUGCUGAAGCGGCUGCUGCUCGAGAUGAAGAGUCGCAGUGUUACGAAGUACCCUGACUCGCUUGCAAACUGCACAGGAGCGGUGCUGGUGAACGAAAAGCUGCUGUCUGUCUUCGUCAAGAUCGUACUCCUUAAAACGCAUGCACACAAUAGCCCCCAAGUGUUUGCUGCUCUCAGCUACCUCGACUUCUGGGCGCAGCUUAUUGCCUCCCGCGGCCGCCAGCUACCCCCUAAUUUUGACUUUGCAUUUCUAAGGAAAGGACUGCAGCUGGUGAUUGAGUCUGACUUGUACGCGAACGUCUCGAAGGGUCUUUGGUUUAUUUACAGAAACCUCCCGAUAUUAAAUGGAGAACAACUCAGCGAUAUCCUCAACGAUUUGUGUCUACUGCAGCAGGGCUCUCGCCUCUUCCUACACUGGGCGUGGGUGGUGCGAAGGGCCUUCAUGUGGCUGCUGCUAUACAGACUCGUUGAGGGCAUGCGAAGAGUUAUAGGCAGAAUCACAGGGCAAGAACCGUCUUUCCCCAGCGCACGCAAUCACUACUACUACCUCCAGCACCAGCAGCAGCAGCAGCAGCAGCCGCAAGCUCGCCGUGUGGCACUGUCUACGGAAGAGGCCGUCGUGAUCAGCGGCCAUUCUGUCUUCGUCAGCUUCUUAAGAGCAUUAUCGCUCGAGGAGCUGCUGCCUCCCGCUGCAGUUAAAGCAGUGGAGGCCUUAGCAAUGGGUGAUUGUAAUUACGCAGGCCCCCCAGCAGCACCAGCAGCACCAGCAGGAGCGGCUGCCGCUGCUGCCGCAGGGGCGGCACAGCAUCAAAGUCAACAACAACUGCAGCAACAGCAGCAGCAGCUGCUGCAACAACAACAACAACAGCAGCAGCAGCAGUUUGAGGCCGAUCUGAGUGCACCUGCAGUUCAGGUGUAUAGGCGGCAGGCGGUGCUGGAGUUUAAGAGAGAAGUCGAACACUACAAAGCAUGGGUGAGGGAGGGAGCCUCCUCUCUGCCCAUGAUGAUAAUACCCAGUGCUCCUCUUGACGCAAAUACCGAUGUGCCCUUAGAGGGCUGGCAGUGA